AUGAAGACAUGCUACGAUGCAGGCAUGGAAAACUUUAUAUUUGGAGAACGAAAAGCGGCGCAAAGUUCAAGGCGCGAGCUCUCCAAUAUUGCCUGGAGGAUGACGUCAACAUUCUGCAGGAUAAUGACUGGAUCGUUCAUCUUGAUGAAGAGACGUUAUUAA